CAGUUUGUUUUUUUCAACAAAAAAUAGAGGGGUGUUACUGAAAUUUGAACCCUCACAAAGGGCAUUUGUGAUCUUUGAAAUCAACUCUAGAACCAAAGCACCCGUGAAGCAUUUUGUUCAAUGGGUGCUGGCAUAUAUUAUAUACCAAUUUUUCAGUAUUUUCUAUAUACAUAUAUAAAUUUCCAUCUGGGUUAAUGGGUGCUCGAGCACCCAAACCUCUAUACGUGGGUUCACCCCUGUUUCUAUGGACCGAAAUCAGGCGAAAACCCUAUUUCUUUGGUCCUUAUGCAAGGUUGCAGUGAAGGAACAAAUGAGCUUAUGGAUGAGCCAUGGCUUUUGGUGGCUUAAAGUGUGAUGAAGGACUUACUUUUGUCAUUUCAACAUGUGAAAUGUGAAAUGAAGGGAUCUAAUAUGGAAGAGUUAAAGCCAACUCUGGUUGCUUGUUUUGGAAAAAUUCUCUUUCAUGGGAUUUCUGCAAAUAGUCAAGAAUCCCUGAAAAGUAACCCAUUGGGUGAAACUACAUUGAGGCAAAUGAAAAAAUCUUUCUAUACGAAUGUUCCUCUUUCAUAUAUCAUAUAUGGAAUAUAUAGGAAAUCUUGCAGUUGAGAAACUUGGCUUAGAAUAUGUGGAGGAAAAGGAAUUAUACUACGUCAAGCUUUCAGACAACUUGCGCUCUGAUUCAACUGCCGCCUGCAAAUGUACGGUGAUCAAGGAUCAGGGGAAAAUUCAGCUCAAUAAGAGUGAGGUGAACCAAGUACACAACAUGGUUGCAGACAUGAGCUGUCUUGGCAAAAGCUUAGACUUGAGGUUGAUGUUACAUACCAAGAAAAUCAUUACGGCUUUAUCUCAUAUUUUAACUCCACUCCAGCGAACAAGGACCUUUUCCUGUGAUGAGGAGAUCAAUGGAAUUAACAAUCUUAUUGGUUCUGCCAUUUUGGACUCAGAAGUUAAGGGUGGGUUGAGAUGGCCCUUUGGCGAGGAUUCUUUAGGGAGUCAAUACGCUGUUAUCGAUGUCUGGCACACAACUGCAAAAUCAUAUGGGAAUUCGUCAAUUAGGUUUAAGCUUCGACAUCCAGAUUGAUUUGAUUUCAGAUCUUCAACUGGUGAGGUUGCACAGGAAGCUAGCCUGAAAAUGCCUGGGAUUGUAUCCCAACUGCAGGAGCAAACGAUUGACGAAAAGCUGGUGCUUAAAAUGCUUGAAGACAACUUGAGGUUAAUCUGGGAUCACUGUUUGUCUGAUGGUUCUUCAAGCUGACCAUGUUUCGUGGUCCUUUGCAAAAUAUCUGCAGAAACUGUUCGACUCACAAGCUAUGUUCGGUUGGUGAAGAAAGUUGACCUUUUGUAUUUUGUGUUGAUGGAAUGUAUAGAUGUAGAUAACUAAAUUAUUAAACCCAAAAUGUUGAAAUGUUUUUGCACUAUGUAGUUUGUGUAUGGAAUGAAAUGAAAUGAACCAAAGCCUCUGAUGUUAGCAACAUCAGUAGGAUCAAACUGUUGUGUAAUGGAUCGAACUUCUUAUUCAAAUGUACUGUUGAGUUCUCAC